UUUUAUGUAGUGCUGAGGAUCGAAUCUAGUGCCUCACAGUGCAAGGUAGGCACUCUAUCACUGAGCCUCAGCCCCUCUUUAUAUGACUUUUAAGGAGAUGAUAAUACUUAUUAUAUAUAUUUGAGAGAGAGAGAGAAAGUAUACUAUACAGUAUAUAGUUAGGAAAACAGGGCUAAAAAUAAAUUUCUAAAUCACUGUUCAGUCAUGACCACCAAUGGCUCUCACCUUCCUAGAAAAGAUAAUUUCUGAAUUUCCUCACAGUCUUAAAAGGUAGAUGUAUAAAUGUCCUUCACAAACUAUAUUUAAAAUUUUUAGGACUGGGAUGUAGUUCAAAUGUAGAGUGCUUAUCUAACAUGCAUAAGGCCAUAUUUUGAUCUCCUCAACUCAGAAUUUUUUUUUUUUUCUUAAGAAAAAUUUUAGUCUGUCCCUGUUUUAUCCAGUAAAAGUUACAGUGAUCACAUUGAACUGGGGUGUAAGUCACCUACCUGGUCCAUAUUAAACCAAUUUUAGAAGUUAGGAUUAAAUAAAAGAUUUGUAGACCAAUAAUUGUUGGUUGUUUUUUGUUGUUGUUGUUGUUGUCGUCUUCGUCGUCUUGCCUUAAAUCAGCUAUUGGGAAAUAGUAAUGUAGAAAACAGGAUUGAUGGGUUUGUCUCUGGAGGGGAGAAAAUCUCCCAGAUAGGCCCACAGAUCAAAAAGAUCUGAUCUGGUGAAGCAAAAUGGGAAUACUGAUCACCUUGCUUCCCAGCCAGCCAGCUAAUGUACUGAGUUCUCAUAGGAGCAAGGUAAAGCUUUGAGUUGAAUUGAAUGUGGACUAUAUAAAAGUGACUAUAAAAAAAUACUUACUUCUGUUAAGUGUCAAAGGGACAUACAUAUCACAACAACUCUGAGGGAACUAUAGUCCUUUUCCACCAAUAAUAAAAAUAAAGUUGAGAAACCUUUAGAUGUUUUUCCCAAAGCCAUAUAGCUACAAAGCUAGGCUUUUAGGACUGUUUCUAAAACCUGCUUGCUUCCUGCUGUACCAGAACUAGAAUUUAAGGUUAAAAGAGUUUUAUAGUACUGUAGUUCCUGGACCUAGAUCAUCAACCUGGGAACUAUCUAAAAAUACAUUCCCAGUUUCAUCCUCAACAUUCUGAUUUAGGCCAUGUGUGGUGGUGUAUGCCUGUAAUCCUUGAAAUUUAGGAAACUGAGACGGAGGAUCCCCGGGUCUAGGCCUGCCUCAGUAAUUUAGCAGCACCCUAAGCAACUAGACCUGUCUCGGAAUUUAAAAAGCAGGGGGCAAUAAGAUUUUGAAUAUAAGUUGAAUAAAACAUACUUUUAAAUUAAUGUCUAUUUUUACUUAUUUGAUGUGUCUAUUGAACCUUUAAGAUUACACAUGUGGCUUGCAUCAUAUUUUUCUUGAGCCAGCAUUGUUUUAGACUCUUCAGAUAAGGCUAAACAUGUAUUUUCUGUGUUAUGCCCAACCAUGUUCUGAGAUCUUUUCAGAUAACCUCAUUUGAUUCUUGCUGGGUCCUCUUUUUACAUGUAAUGAAAGUCUUAAAGUAAGUUAAGAAAUUUGCCCAAGGGUACACAUCCAGCAGGAAUGGAGAUGGGGCUGGCACCGAUGGCAGGCAUGACUAUGAAGCCCACACUUGACCCACAGGUUAUGCUGCACAGAAACAGUUUGGCUGUCCUUGCUGUUGCUCCUGUUUUCUUCACAUAGGGUCACACACUUAGAGGAAGGAAUGAAGAGAAUCAGUAUUUCAUCCUAGAGGAUAAGAAGUGUUUUUACAGUAUACUUUAGGAUUACCAGCCAUUUAAACUGCUAGUGUGUAAGGUUUUAAAGACUGUCAAUUGAAAUUAAAUGCUAAUUCUGUGGAAAUUAGCAUUUAAUUAUUUGGAGUGGAAAUCUUUUCCCCUUUAAUUCAACUUUUAUAAGUACCUGCAGAGUGCCUGGCACAGUGGUAGGAGAAGGGGAUUCAGAGACGUGUCUGACACAUUUCCUUCCUUCAAGGAGCUCAUAACCAGUAAAAAAGAAGAAAAUUAAGCGAGAAAUAAAGAUUUUGGAGAAUUUGAGAGGCGGUCCCAACAUCAUCACACUGGCAGACAUUGUAAAAGACCCUGUGUCACGAACCCCUGCCUUGGUUUUUGAACACGUAAACAACACAGACUUCAAGCAAUUGUACCAGACGUUAACAGACUAUGAUAUUCGAUUUUACAUGUAUGAGAUUCUGAAGGCCCUGGAUUAUUGUCACAGCAUGGGAAUUAUGCAUAGAGAUGUGAAGCCCCAUAAUGUCAUGAUUGAUCAUGAGCACAGAAAGCUAAGGCUAAUAGACUGGGGUUUAGCUGAGUUUUACCAUCCUGGCCAAGAAUAUAAUGUCAGAGUUGCUUCCCGAUACUUCAAAGGUCCCGAGCUACUUGUAGACUAUCAGAUGUACGAUUAUAGUUUGGAUAUGUGGAGCUUGGGUUGUAUGCUGGCAAGUAUGAUCUUCCGGAAGGAGCCAUUUUUCCAUGGACAUGACAAUUAUGAUCAGUUGGUGAGGAUAGCCAAGGUUCUGGGGACAGAAGAUUUAUAUGACUAUAUUGACAAAUACAACAUUGAAUUAGAUCCACGUUUCAAUGAUAUCUUGGGCAGACACUCUCGUAAGCGAUGGGAACGCUUUGUACAUAGUGAAAACCAGCACCUUGUCAGCCCUGAGGCCUUGGAUUUUUUGGACAAGCUGCUGCGGUAUGACCACCAGUCACGGCUCACUGCAAGAGAGGCCAUGGAACAUCCCUAUUUCUACACUGUUGUAAAGGACCAGGCUCGAAUGGGUUCAUCUAACAUGCCAGGGGGCAGUACACCUGUAAGCAGCGCCAAUAUGAUGUCAGGGAUUUCUUCAGUGCCAACCCCAUCGCCCCUUGGACCUCUGGCAGGCUCACCAGUGAUUGCUGCUGCCAACCCCCUGGGGAUGCCUGUUCCAGCUGCCGCUGGUGCUCAGCAGUAAUGGCCCCAUCUGUCUACUGAUGCCUGAGCAGAGGUGGGGAAGUCCACCUUCUCCUUGAUGCAGCUUGCGCCUGGCGGGGAGGGGUGAACACUUCAGAAGCACCGUGUCUGAACCGUUGCUUGUGGAUUUAUAGUAGUUCAGUCAUAAAAAAAAAAAAAUUAUAAUAGGCUGAUUUUCUUUUUCUUUUUUUUUUUCUUUUACUUUUUUUUUUCUUUUUUCUUUUUUGUUUUAACUCGAACUUUUCAUAACUCAGGGGAUUCCCUGAAAAAUUACCUACAGGUGGAAUAUUUCACGGACAGAUUUUUUUUCUCCCCUUCCAAAUUCAGUUCCUCAUGACUAAAGAACAAAGAUAAACCAGCCUCAAUCCCAGCUGCUGCAUUUGGGCGGAGAUUUCUUCCCAUUCCCACUGUUGCUUCCCCCAUCUUCCUACACUUUGGGGGGUUGUAUCUCACGCUCUUCUCCAGAGAUUACAAAAAACGUAACUUCUCAGGAGGCAGGAAGGAAGAGAGGCAGGGCAGACCCAAUCUAAGAGCAAUGUACUGCUGGUCACUUACAUCACUUUACUCCAGAAGUGCUUCAGUGUGGUUAUCCUGGCGACUCUAGUGGAAGCGUGUCUUACUUAUGUUGAGAUGUUGAAUAUCUACACAAAGUGCAGACAGAUCCUAAAAACUUCUGUUUAGUAUGAAUCAUGUCUUACUGACCUAACCCUAAAUCCAGCUCACUUAUAAUUUUAGUUUUAGUUUAGUUUAAAAUUGUGAUACCUUCCCUCCCGGGCUCCUUCCUACCUUGAUCUUUUCCCCUUUCACCUCCCAACAUUCUGUGCUCAAUAGCUGGUAGGAGGGAGAAGGCAAAAAUCUUUUCAUUUUCUUUGACUUGGCCAUGUUGAAGUCACUUGGUUACUGGGCAUAACUUACUGCUUUUCUCAAAAGAAACAUUUUCUAUGUAGGUUUCAUGAUAGCAGCUCUGAGAGCUAAUGGGCGGUGAGGCCAUGCUGAGUUUCAUUUUAAGCUUUCUACCUUCUUUUCCUCCUACCCUCCCUUCCUUUACAUGCCAUCCAGUGAGAAGACCUGUUCCUCGGUCUUAUAAAUAUAUCUAAAAGGCAGGAGCAGAGCCACUAUUUCCAGUGAAACAGAAAUGGUAGACCUGUAAUCGUGGGCCACUAUCAACUUUGUUACAGCCCUGCCACCCCUUGCUGUGUGUAUAUAUAUAAUACUUUGUCCUUCAUAUGUGAAAGAUCCAGUGUUGGAAUUCUUUGGUGUAAAUAAACGUUUGGUUUUAUUUAUCAA